AUGCCCACCAUCUACUCUUCGCUGUACACGAAUUUCAUCCGUCAAGGAUCAACAUUCGCAAAAUCCAUCACCACUCACGGCUACGCGCAAUCCGUCGUAGCUGCCACACACCCUCAUGUUCUCAAUUCCCAGAACCGCCCCGUCUUCGGUCGCCGACACACAAGCCGACUAGGCCGUCUCUCUACCCUUCAGCUUCAUUCGGCUUUCCAUACCGAGCGGACAGGAGCUGGCCUCCCGUCCGAUCAUCGCCAUGGCCACGUCCACGGAGGUCUAGAUGCCUACUUCGAGGCUCUGCAAAAGAAGCAGGAUGCCGGGGACGUCGACAAGGAAUGGACCCAGUUUGAGUUUCAGAAGCGGCUUGAGUGGAAGCCGAGCUCGUCCACGAUCCUUGUUGCGGAUGAGGGUACUGCCGUCACCCACGAGGCCGGUGCUGCUGAGGCCCACGACGACGCUACCGCCGCCUCCUUUUCAACCGAGGAAGCAGCCGCGCUCGCUCACAUUGACGCGGCUUUGGAGGGUGAGAUCAAGGCACGGAAACUACAAGACGCUGCCGAGGAUGCGCUUCAGGCUUUCCAGUCUGCCUCCCUGCCCGUCUCGAGGCUGGACACCCCCGUAUCCCGUCGGUCCCUGACUCCAGGGAGUGUCGCCCGCAAUCCGACGCCGCCCGUCGACAGCCAGUCGCAGUCUUAUGGCAAUCAUCUUUCCAGCCUCUCGACUACGGCACGAUAUGCCGAGAUUCCGGCCGUCUUCGAGGCCAUGCUGGCCACCGGGGUCAAGCCCACCGCCAGUGCCUACAACGCUCUCCUGAUGGCGGCCAUCCACCUUCCCACCAAGAAGAUCGAGGUAGUCUCCAAAGCCCUCGACGUGUACGCGGACAUGAUUCGUCGACGAGUGACGCCGGACAGCGACACCUACAACAUCCUUGUGGGCCUCUUAGCCUCGCGGUCUCUAGAGGUCUCCGAGAUGAAGGCUGCACUCGAAGACAAACGUAAACGCUUUGGCGGCAUGGACGAGGCGGGAAAGUUCAUGUUCGCCUCCCAUGAGCUCGAGCAUGCUAUCCUCUGCGAAGACGACAGGCUAGAUCUCGCCAUCAAGCUAUUCGACAUGUCCGUCGAUGCGGACACGGCCAUGUACUCGGCGGAGACGUACCAUCAGCUGAUCUCUGCCUGCGCCCAGGCAGGACGCGUUUCUGACAUGCUUGCAUUGUUCGAGCACAUGGAGUCCAGCAAAACCGCCCCCAUCGCAGCCAUCUUUCCGGCCAUGAUCACUGCCUUUGCCGCCCGGGGAGACCUGGUCAGUGCCGUCGAAUGCUAUAACGAGUACCGGAUCCUUGCCGUGGCAAACGACGCCGGGAGAGCAACCUUGCGGGACAGACGUGAUGACCAGGUCUACGCCGCUGUCAUCAACGCUUAUGUCGUCUCGGACAAGAUUGAGGGCGCCAUGAAGUUUUUCAAGAGGAUAGUCGACGAGUACGGCGUCCGAGCUGCUGAUAUCCAGGAUGCUUUGGUCAGCACUGGCUUCGUCGACGGCCUCAUCUCGCGCGGAGUCUACCAACAGGCUCUCCGGUGGGCGCAGUCGGUCGAGUCUGAAUCCCGAGUUCGAGCUCUGAGCCGCGUCGCCACAGCUGCUGCCGACAACAACGACAAGGUGACGGCCAUAGAGGCCUACGCUGAUCUCGCCCCCACGUCCGGGUCUGUUGUCAAUCCGACAAUGGCCCUGCUCGCAAUGAGCAUCCGCGAGGGAGACGUGGCUUCGGCCAGCAAGCACUGGCACGCCCUUGCGAGCCCCGACGUUCGCGCGACCGCAUCCUUCAUCGAGCCCACAGCCAUGUUUGCCGUCGCCUUGAUUGGUUCCGGGCAAGUCGCGGAAGGCCUGAUUCAGUCGGAGAUGAUGUUUCAGCGAAUUCGGGCGUUCGAGUCGGAGGGGCGGCCUCAGCUCGCUGAGGAGAUUGACGAGGGCGUCGAUUUUAUCCACCGCUACAUGCAGACGCGUGGAAUCGCCGAUCCCCGUGAGCUGGCAUCUCAACCGUCGAGCACUCAUUCGCAGCUCCUGACAGGCUCUCCUUUCCCGUCGACGACCACGGUUUCCACCUACGAGGACAACUUCGAUCCGCAUGCGCAUAACACCGACUUCAAGGGGUCGUCGCUCAUCGCUGAUGACCUGGAGGGCAGUCAUGGCCGGAGGGGACCCCGUUUGAACGAGGCCCUCAAUCGGUUGCGCAACAUGCGCCGUGCAAGCCGGCAUCCUCGCUACAUAACUUACGCAAAGCUGAUCUCGGCCGCGGCCCGCGAGGGCAAGAUGGAAUUGUGCCACGAUGUUCUCGCCAUGGCCCGCACUGACGUCCCUUUGCUAGCCCAAUAUCCCAUGGUACGGUACGGGUGGUCCUCGAUACUGGAUGCCAUGGUUGGCGCCUGCCUGACCCUGGGCAACCGCGGAAGAGCCGAACAGUACCACCAAGAGCUGCUGGAAAUGGGCGCCACGCCAUCGGCCAACACCUUUGGCCUCUACAUUACCACUCUCAAGGACUCGACCAAGACGUUUGACGAAGCGUCUGAGGCGGUGCGCAUCUUCCAUCGCGCCAAGAACGAAGGUGUGGAGCCCAGCUCGUUCUUGUACAAUGCCCUCAUCGGCAAGCUUGGCAAGGCUCGUCGAAUCGACGACUGCCUCUUCCAUUUUGCCGAAAUGAGGGCCCUGGGCGUCAAGCCAACUUCUGUAACGUACGGCACAAUCGUCAACGCGCUCUGCCGAGUCAGCGACGAGAAGCUUGCGGAGGAACUUUUCGACGAAAUGGAGGCCAUGCCCAACUACAAAGCCAGGCCAGCCCCGUACAACAGCAUGAUGCAAUUCUCCCUCACGACGAAGCGCGACAAGACCAAGGUGCUCGCGUACUAUGAGCGCAUGCUGGCCAGGGGCAUCGCGCCCACGUCGCACACAUACAAGCUCUUAAUUGAUACGCACGCGACCCUUGAGCCUGUGGACAUGGCGGCCGCGGAAGAGGUGCUCGGCAAGAUCCGGUCGUCGGGCCAGCGAACGGAACCAGUUCACUAUGCCUCGCUCAUCCACGCGAGAGGCUGUGUCCUGCACGACAUGGAAGGCGCGCGGAAGCUCUUCGACAGUGUUGUCAGCGAGGGCCUAGCGCCCGUCAACGCCAGUCUGUUUCAGGCGCUCUUGGAGGCCAUGGUUGCCAACCAUCAGGUGGCGGAUACGGAGCCACUGCUGGUUCAAAUGCGAAAGAAGGGUAUCGAGCUCACGCCGUACAUUGCCAACACUUUGAUCCACGGCUGGGCUGCUCAGAAGAACAUUGGCAAGGCCCAGGAAAUCUACGGUGCCGUGGUGAGGGAAAAGCGCGAGCCGAGCACGUACGAAGCCAUGACAAGGGCUUUCCUUGCCGUGGAGCAGAGGGAACAGGCCAAGGGCAUCGCCGGCGAAAUGCUCACCCGCGGGUAUCCCAGUGCCGUUGUCAACAAGGUAUUGGAGCUGCUCGGCGGCGGCCAGGAGGCUCCAACGGAGUAA